AUGGCCACAACUGCACCAGCCCCGGCCUCGGGAGGCCACCAGGCCGCCUUCAAGGACAAGGAAAAGCCCGUCGCUGUUCGCUCUUCUAAUAUCGUCGCCGCCAGAGCCGUCGCCGAUGCCAUCAGAACCUCCUUGGGACCUCGAGGCAUGGACAAGAUGAUCCGAAGCGGAAAGGGCGAGACGAUUAUCACCAACGACGGAAACACCAUGCUCAAGAGCAUGUCGGUCAUGCACCCCACAGCGAAGAUGUUGGUUAACCUCUCGGCGGCGCAAGAUGUGGAGGCAGGAGAUGGCACAACAUCAGUCGUUGUCAUCUGUGGCAGUUUGCUGGGUGCUGCGGACCGUCUUCUGUCAAAAGGAAUCCACCCCUCCGUGAUCUCGGAGUCUUUCCAAAGAGCUGCCGCUGCGGCUGUCGAGGUCCUCCACGACAUGUCACAACCCAUCUCCCUCACCGAUACUGCUUCCCUGCUCCAGGCAGCCAACACUUCCCUUUCCUCGAAGAUUGUGUCACAAUACUCGAACAUCCUUGGCCCCAUGGCAGUCAACUCCGUCGUCAAGACAAUCGAUCUCAAGACGGCCGACAACGUCGAUCUGAAGAACAUUAGAAUAAUCAAGAAGGUUGGCGGAACCAUCGAGGACAGUGAGCUUGUGGACGGUCUGGUCUUGACCCAGCCUGUCCUCAAGGGGGCUGGAGGACCCGCGAGAAUCGAGAAGGCGAAGAUUGGUCUUAUUCAGUUCCAGCUCAGUCCUCCCAAGCCUGAUAUGGAAAACACCAUUCAGGUGAACGACUACAGACAGAUGGACAAGAUUGUGAAGGAGGAGCGUCUUUACCUCCUCAACAUGGUCAAGAAGAUUAAGAAGGCGAAGUGCAAUGUUCUAUUCAUCCAGAAGUCCAUUCUUCGCGAUGCUGUCAACGACCUUUCCUUGCACUUCUUGGCCAAGCUGGGUAUUCUUGCCGUCAAGGACAUUGAGCGCGACGAGGUUGAGUUCAUCUGCAAGUCCACUGGCUGCAAGCCCAUUGCCGACAUUGACUCUUUCACGGAGGACAAGCUCGGCUCGGCUGACCUAGUUGAGGAGGUUCAAUCCAACGGAGCUCGUAUGGUAAAGGUGAGCGGCGCCAAGGCGACUGGCAAGACCGUCUCCGUCGUUGUCCGCGGUGCCAACUCCCUCAUUCUUGAUGAGGCUGAACGCAGUCUGCACGACGCUCAUUGCGUUGUUCGCUGCUUGGUGAAGAAGAAGGCCCUUAUCGCAGGCGGUGGCGCUGCUGAGAUUGAGAUCGCAUCUCAACUUGCCAAGCAGGCUCGCUCCCUGACUGGCACAGAGGCCAUCUGCUGGAAGGCCUUUGCUGACGCCAUGGAGGUCAUUCCCACCACUCUGGCUGAGAACGCGGGCCUCAACAGCAUUAAGGUUGUGACCGAGCUUCGACACAGACAUGAGCUGGGUGAGAGGAACGCCGGUGUCAGCAUCAAGUCUGGCGGUGUCAACACCAACAUUUCCAAGGAGAAUGUCUUGCAACCGUUGUUGGUGAGCACUAGCGCUAUUGAGCUGGCUGCUGAGACGGUCAAGAUGAUUCUGAGAAUAGACGACAUCGCCCUCACCCGAUAA